AUGGGUCGUCGCCGCCACGGGGGGCGUGCGAUCGGCCCGAGGUUAUCUAGAGUCACCAAAGCCGCCGGCGCCCGCCCCCCGGCCGGGGCCGGAGGGAGGCUGACCGGCGGGGAAGGGGCGGGGAGGAGGCGAACACCGGGGCCCGACCGACAGCCCGCCCCGCCCGCGGCGAGGACGGCCGACCGCCUACGCUCGGGACAGCGAGGGGUCGCGGCGCGCCGCCGCGACGUCGCGGCGUGGAGGGACGAGGGAGGGGGGAAGGGGGGGCGGCCCCACCGGGGCUCUCCCCGCACCUCCGACCCCCACCCCACCAACCAAAGCGGCGCGGCCCGCAACCUCGGCGGCCCGGGAGCGGGGCCACGGGCACCGGCAGGUCGCUCCGGAGGCCGGCCGGCGCGUGCCCGCUCGCCCGCGCUCACACGGACGGGGGGCGGCGGCGGGGGCUCGGGCCGAGGCCCGGCCACCCCUCACCUCCCCGCCCGCCCGACCGGAGCGGGGCGUCGCGGGCACGGCGGCCGGUCCGCGACGGCCGGCCGGGGUCCCGACGACCCGCGCUCGGGCGAGCGCGCCGGGGCGGGGCGCGGCGCGGCGCGGCAGGGGGACGGACGGCGGUCCCCCCAACCUCGCCCAACACGCAACGACGCCGGCGGACGGGCGGCGGCGGCGGACCACGGAGCGGUGCCGCGGCAGGCCCGGGAAGCGAAACACACCGGGACGCGGCCCGGGGGUCGGCAGACGCGACGGACGGGAGACAGGGCCGACGAGGCGCAGCUGGCUCGGCCGCCGCCGCGGAGGCGCGGCGACGACCUCGCGGAAGACGUGGCGGGCGGGGGCGGACGCGCGCCGACGCGAGGGAGGCCCGGGGGCCAUCCUAAGGGCACGGACGCGAGUCGGCCGCCGGGGCACGACACGGGGUCUCACCGCCAGAGGCCUCCAGCGCAGGGGCGGUCCCGCGGCACCCAGGACGCCGACUGGCCUCCUCGGCCCCCCAACCAGGGUGCCCCCCCUCGCGGGGCUCGCGCCCACCACCGCCAAACACCCACGAGCCGCGGCCAGCCCCGCGACAACAACACUCUCCCGCGCGCACACCGGCCGCCCCACGUGCCCCGCCACACGCCUCCGCCGCCGCGCCCGACUCCCCCGCCUCAGGGACCGGAAACGCUCCCGAGCGAGGCGACCCGCACCGUGCCCACACACCGCCCCCGGCCGCGACUCGCGGCGAGGGCAGGCGCGACGGGCUCCUCGCGGCUGCGGGACUGGGGAGUCGGGACGUCCGUGCGUCCCCGAACCCCACCUCGGGCUCGCCACCGCGCGGGUCACCGCACGCGCACACACACGGCCCCGCGCCGGACGCCGGCCUGGCGGGACCCUCCCCCGACUCAGAGGGGGGAGGCGCGGGCCGCGGUAGGCAAAGAGCGGCACUCGGCCCCACCGCGGGGCCGGCGCAAGCCCUCCCGCGAGGGCGAGGGCCUCUGCCGCCCACGUGGCUCUGGCAGUGGCCACCGUGGCCCACUGCACGCUUGGGAGGGGCAGCGGCUGGGGGGUCCGGCUCGUCCACCGGGCUCCGGAAGGGGGGAGCACGCCCGAGAAGCGCGACAGACGCCCCCUUCUCGCAGGCCCCGGCCCAACACGAUCGCACCCACGCCCGUGUGCGACUCCCCACACACACGCAAGUGGGGGCGGCGGCACACGCGGCGUCGGCCCGGCCACGAAGUCAGUCCCCCCCACGGCACACCGUGGGAGGACGAUGGCGACGAGGUGGCAGGCCCCCGUCCCCCACCGAGGGAGAGAAACAGAGGCAAGACCCCGCGCCCUUUACCGUCUCGACCCCCCCGAGAGAGCCACUCACGGGACACACCACCGCGGCGGAGACCCCGAGGAGCACGCUGGGAAAAGGGAACGACACCACCGCUCGGCCUCGCGCACCUGAGGGACGACCUGGAGCGCUCCAGGGGCACCACAGAGGACCGAGCAAGUCACGCUCACGCGCCGGCAGCGGGCGCGCGGCGCAGCGGCGGGACGGCCCCCACCGACGCGGGGAGGACCGCCCGCGAGGCACACGCCAAGGAGGCGAAGCGAGAGCGUCUGCUGCGUCCGAGGACCACGGCCCCGCCCACGCCCAGCCCCGGAGCUCUCUCGGGGCCAUCUGGUCGACCCGAGCAGCGGGGGGGCGGCAGAGUGGAGCGGGGCGGGGCGGGAAAACGUGGCAGAGGCAGCGAGCGGGCCGGGGUCACCCUCCCCGGAUCGCCCGCGCGAGCAGGCCGCCCUAUCCGGGCCACCCAGUACGACUCGGGCCGGUCCCCACCGCCACCCCCACCCCGGCCGGGACUCGCGGUGGAGGAGGGGGCGGGGGAGGGUGAGAAAAAGUCGCGUCCGCCGACCGGGACCCACGUGGGCCCGCUAAAGGGCCGGGCCUGCACGCCCAAUCUCAAGCGACAGCAGGAGGCGCCCACGCCUGGGCGCCACCGGGACAGUCACCGCCAGCGUCGCCCGGCUCCCGGAACUCUGCCUCGGGCCCGGCGGCCGAGUCACAGCCCUCACGAAGGUCGCCGAAGCUCCAGAGACAAGGGACAAUAUAAAAGCGGCCGCCAGGUGGCUCCCGACAACGGCUCCAACGUCCCCGGGCCGGGUUCCCUGUCGCCGGCCGGCCACCGAGGAUGCAGCAGCGCCGGGCCGCCCAAACGCCCGAGCUCAGCCCGCCGGGGCGAGCCGGCGGGCGUCUGGCGCGGCCCCGAGGCGUCCGUCUCGGAGCUAGCUCCCGGGACGGCACGACACGGCGCGACCCCGGCAGCAGACGGGGAGGGGGGGGUGGGGGGGGCCGGGGAAGCUGGGAAGACGUCGCCGGGAGGCCGCCUCGAAGGAAACGCGCUCCCCACGUGA